AUGGACGCCUUGGAGGACUGGAACGACGUGACCGAAAGUCCGAGUUUGAAGAACCUGACGGACGGAAGCUUCAGUGUACUAAAAGAGAGACAAUGUGACGCUGUACAGGAUUUGGUCAAAGCGCAUAUUGACUCUUUUGAUCAGGCCAUCGGACAAGGACUCAACUCCGUUGUGCAGGCCAUCCCGCCGUUGGAGUUCAUGGUGAAGGGAGAGCGCAUCAGUUUGGCGUUCAUAGAGGCCAUCGUCCACCCGCCGAUCGUGUCCAAAGGCAGCGUGUGCCGCGAGAUGAGAGUCUUCCCGGCGGAGUGCCGCGCCAGAAGGUCCUCGUACAAGGGCAAGAUAGUGGCAGAUGUGAGCUGGAGUGUGGACGGGGUCCCCAAAGGGAUCAUCAAGCAGGGGCUCGGGCAAAUUCCCAUUAUGGUCAAGUCCAAGCUGUGCAACUUGCACGGGAUGACGCCGCAGCAGCUGGUGCAACACCACGAGGAGGCUGAGGAAAUGGGCGGCUACUUCAUUGUGAACGGCAUCGAGAAGGUGAUUCGCAUGCUGAUCAUGCCUCGGAGGAACUACCCCAUUGCUGUGUCACGAGCCAAGUGGAAGAGCAGAGGCCAUGGAUACACGCAGUAUGGUUUGUCCAUGCGCUGCAUGAAGGAGAAUCACACGGCCAUCAACAUGCACCUUCACUACUUGGAGAACGGAACCAUCAUGCUCAACUUCAUCCACCAGAAGGAACUCUUCUUCCUACCCAUUGGCUUUAUGCUUAAGGCGCUGGUGGACCUGAGCGACCUGGAGAUUUUCUCAGAGCUGAUCAAAGGCGUGGAAGAGAACUCGCUGUACCGCAGCGCCGCCUGCGAGAUGCUGCGCUUGGUGUCGGCGCAGGGCUGCACGUCACGCUCAAAGGUCCUGGACUACCUGGGCGGACGCUUCCGCGUGAAACUCAACCUGCCCGAGUGGUACACCGACCGGCAGUGCGCCGACUUCCUGCUGGACGAGUGCAUCUGCAUCCACUUGCGGACAGGCAUGGAGAAGUUCCGGCUGCUGUGCCUGAUGUGUCGCAAGCUUUUCAGCUUCGCCAAGCAGGAGUGCCUGGAGGAGAACCCAGACGGCAUCGCCUGCCAGGAGGUCCUCACGCCGGGACAGCUCUACCUCAUGUUCCUCAAGGAGAAGAUGUGGAUGUGGCUGCUGUCGGUCAAGGCGGCGGUGGAGAAGCGAGGAAGUCACCUGAAGGGUGGCUGGACGGCGGAAAACCUCAUCAAGAUGUUCAAUCUUGGAACCGACCUCAGCAAACCCUUUGAGUACAUGCUGGCUACCGGCAACCUCAGCUCCAAGACGGGUCUGGGCAUGUCGCAGAACACGGGCUUGUGCGUGGUAGCCGACAAGCUCAACUUCAUUCGCUACCUGUCGCACUUCCGCUGCGUGCACCGCGGCGCCGCCUUCACCAAGAUGCGCACCACGUCUGUGCGCAAGUUGCUGCCCGAGUCCUGGGGCUUCCUGUGCCCUGUGCACACGCCCGACGGCGAGCCCUGCGGCCUCAUGAAUCACAUGACGGCCAGCUGCCAGGUGGUGACGGCAUCCUCGUCCACCGUGGGGCUGCCGGCCAUACUCUGCUCGCUGGGUCUGACCCCCGUCGAUGCCACCCCCACCAGCCCCUUCGCCGACUGCUACCCGGUCCUGCUGGACGGCGCCGUGGUGGGUUGGGUGGAGGAACGCCUGGCCCCCGGUGUGGUGGAUUCACUGCGCAGGUUCAAGGUUCUGCAGGAGAAAAAAGUUCCUCCCUGGACUGAGAUCAUUCUGGUGCCCAAGACGGGCAAAGCCAGCUUGUACCCGGGCCUGUUUCUGUUCACCGCGCCGUGCCGCAUGAUGCGCCCUGUGCGCAACCUGGCGGUCGGCAAGCAGGAGCUCAUUGGAACCUUCGAGCAGCUUUAUGUCAACGUGGCCGUAAAGGAGGCAGAGGUGGAGGCGGGUGUCAGCAGCCACCAGGAGCUCUUCCCGCACAGCAUGCUCAGCGUGGUGGCAAGCUUCAUACCCUACUCGGACCACAACCAGAGUCCCAGGAACAUGUACCAGUGCCAGAUGGGUAAGCAGACGAUGGGCUUUCCCCUUCACGCCUUCCUGGAGCGUUCGGACAACAAGCUGUACCGGCUGCAGACGCCGCAGAGCGCACUGGUACGUCCUUCCAUGUACGACCACUACCAGCUGGACAACUACCCCAGUGGCACCAACGCCGUGGUGGCUGUCAUCUCCUACAGCGGUUACGACAUGGAGGACGCCAUGAUUGUGAACAAGUCAUCAUGGGAGCGCGGCUUUGCCCACGGCUGCAUCUACAAGACGGAACUGGUGGACUUGGCCCAAAAGGCACGGGGCCACGACGGCGUGGUGUUUGGGGUCAAGCCUGGAGACCCCAAGGUCAAUAAGCAGCUGGACGCUGAUGGACUUCCGCCGGUGGGCGCCAUGCUGCGCUACGGCGACCCCUUCUACAGCUACAUCAACCUGAACACCGGCCAGUCCUUUGUCACUUUCUACAAGAGCCAGGAGGCGUGCGUGGUGGACAACAUCAAGAUCUGCGGCAACGACGUUGGCACGGGCUUGUUCAAGCGCGUGUGCAUCACCAUGCGGGUGCCACGCAAUCCCACCAUCGGCGACAAGUUCGCCAGCCGUCACGGCCAGAAGGGCAUUCUGAGCCGGCUGUGGCCCGCCGAGGACAUGCCCUUCAGCGAGAGCGGCCUCAGCCCUGACAUCUUGUUCAACCCGCACGGAUUCCCCUCGCGCAUGACCAUCGGCAUGCUGAUAGAGAGCAUGGCGGGCAAGUCGGCUGCCCUGCAUGGCCUGAGCCACGACGCCACGCCCUUCACCUUCUCUGAAGACAACUCUGCCCUCGACUACUUCGGGGAGAUGCUGCGGGCGGGCGGCUACAACUAUUAUGGCACCGAGCGCCUCUACAGCGGCACCAGCGGCCUGGAGCUGGAGGCCGACAUUUUCAUCGGCGUGGUUUACUACCAGAGGCUCAGGCACAUGGUGUCCGACAAGUUCCAGGUCCGUACGACAGGGGCGCGUGACAAGGUCACCAAUCAGCCGGUGGGCGGCAGGAACGUGCAAGGCGGCAUCCGCUUUGGCGAGAUGGAGCGUGACGCGCUGCUAUCGCACGGCUCGUCCUUCCUGCUGCAGGACCGCCUCUUCAACUGCUCCGACCGUUCGGUGGCGCAGGUGUGCGUGGACUGCGGGAGUUUGCUGUCGCCGCUGCUGGAAAAGCCGCCGCCCUCCUGGUCAUCCACGCGCCACCGUCGCACCGUCUGCACACUCUGCGGCAAGAGCGACUCGGUGGACUCGGUCUCCGUGCCAUACGUUUUCCGCUACUUUGUGGCCGAGCUGGCCGCCAUGAACAUCAAAGUCAAGCUGGACAUCAAGUGAGCGAGGUCAGGGCCAUGCCAGGAGUUUGCAGGCCCUGUAGGACUCUGCUUUGAGUAGAAGAACAUUUUGGGCAAACUUGAGAGCUACUUUGGGACCGAAGAAGGCAAAGGACAUACAGACUUCUGAAAUAAUACAUUUGCUUAUAUUUACCUUGAAUUAUGUGUUAUCUAUACCAGCGGUCCCCAACCUUUCUUGCGCCACGGACCGGUUACAUGUCAGACAAUAUUUUCACGGACCGGCCUUUAUAUAAAUACAAUGAAAUAAAAUGAUACGACUGGCAAAAAAAACAAAUACAAAGCACAUAAAAAUAAAACUCACCAUUAAGUAUCUGCGCCGUAGCUUUGUUUUGGUCGCUGUAACCGCAGAAAAUCCUGCUUUACAAAAAUAGGAUGUUGGAAAGGGAAGCAGGGUUUUCAGUGCUUUUGUGGCCAUCUCGGGAUAUUCUGCCUUGAUUUUAAUCCAGCUUUCUUUUUCUUGGAAGUUGUAGCCUCUUUUGUCUCCACAUUGGGCCUUUUCCUCUUUAGAAGACGUUAACAGUCAUAAUGGCCCUCCUCUCAAUUUUCAAUAAUGUCCUAACAUGGUCGGAUACAGUUGGCACUAUGGGGACUUCCUGUUUAGUUUUUCCAAAUGUCUACUGGCUUCUUUUUGAUUAAAAAGCAAACUGGUUGAAAUAUUUUAAGUCUUCAGAUAGUAGCCUCACCUCAAACACCCCCGCAUCUCCCACAUACCCAACUCCCACUGUUGAAAAAAAAAAACAACCAGUGGGCUGGUGGUUACUAAUAUCAUUUUUUAUAUAUAGAUUUUUUUUUUACUCAAACUUACAAAAUCCUUGAAUAUCUGGAAGUGUAUUUGACAUUUACACACAGAAAACACAUAUCUUUUACAAAACAGCGACAUUUCUUAAAAAAGAAAAAACACAUUUCAUGAAUAGUUCUCUGAGCUAAAACUACACAAGCUGCCCUGCUAAAAGUUAAAAGCGCUUUGAACUUAAAUUACAAAGUUGAAGGGAAGACAUUAAAAAGUGAAAUUGUUCCAAAAAUGUUUACCUCUGUCGUAGAAAAAAUAGCAUCUCUGAUGCCUUUGGGGGAAGUAAAAAAAAAAAAAAAAGAAAUAACCCAUUCGGCAGACUGACACGUUGGCUUACGUUAGCAUGUUUGUUUCAUCACCUUGCUAUCAGUGAACAUUAUAUUUUUUGAAUACAUUUUCAGUUUAUUUUAUGCCAAUACACAAAUAUUUUAAAACUGUAGCAGAAACUAGCUUAGCAGAUGGCAAAUCUCAACAUGGUAAUGAACAAAACAUUGCUUUAUGUGGAAGUUGUGUUUUAAAAAGGUCACGAAAAGCACCAAGUUCAGGUUAAAAAAAUGAAAU